UUUGCUUCCUGUGUUAGUAAUGACAGUAACUUUAUGUAGAGGCAUGUUUGAAUAUUAUGGUUCGUGAGUCGCUGGUUUCCGUACUGACAGGAGACGCAAAACAUUAACUUCCGUGUCUGCUGUCGUAAUUGUUUGUAGAUGUUGUGUAACAACGAUAACGCAAUGGAGGGUUUGAUAUUUUCCGAAGAUAUUUGCAGGUUGUGUUUGUGGAGAAGCAGCAAACUCUUUCCGAUUUUUAGCCUAGAGGGGGAACUUCAGGGAAUACCACUGAAAAUAGAAAUGUGCUUACCCGUUUCGGUGACCCGAGAAGAUGUUCUUCCCAAACUAAUUUGCAGCCAGUGUAUCUACAAGUUAGAGAUGUUUUCAGAGUUUCGAAAUUCCUGUGUACGUUCAGAACAGCUCUUGAAGCGCUACACAUCUCACGAGCCAGUUCAAAUUCCAGCUUCCCACACUGUGGUAUUGCAAAUGCCGGAAGAAUUGAAGGUAGAGGUUCAGGAUCCAGAUCCAAUUGCAGUUGAACAAGAAAUUCCAUUCUUCUGUGUUAUACCUACUGACAUGCAUAAGGAAGGCACUGAAGAAUGUGGACCACGAAAAGUACAGGAUGAGAAUGUGAAUAGGGUCAACAGGGAGGCAGCAGGGGUUGAGAACAGCAAUGCAGUUGCCACAGCAAUAAAGAAAAAGGUCAAAAGAAACCGAAAAGUUGUAAAACGAAAGCGUGCUGUCAAGAAACCGAGUAAAAAAUCUGACCUUUUGGCAGCUCGUAGAGAUCACACAAAACAUGGGCGAAGUCGGUACCUAGGUUCUUCUCAUGUGGCAGAUGUACCUGCACUUACUGCCUCCAGGCAAGCUGUGCACAUAUGUAAACAUUGCUCAAAAAAUUUUCCUUCUAGGGCACAACUGAGUCGCCAUCUCACAUCUUCAAAUUGUUUAUUUCAGUAUACAUGUCGUUACUGUGCAAAAGUUUUUUGUAAUGCUAAGAACAGAAUUCACCAUGAGAGAAAUCAUAGAGGUAAGAAGAAUUUUAUUUGCAGGAUAUGUAAACAAAAAUUUCAGUCUUCAUUUGAUUUAAAUGUACACACAUUACAGGGCUGUGAAUACUCUGCAUUUUAUGGCCAGCAACAUUCAACUGUCAUAACAGAAACAAAGCUGCAAAAGAAACAAGAAAGAGAUACUGAAGGACUGAAUGAAAAAAGACAAUCUGAAGGCUUUUUAAACAAAAUUUGGAAUAAUAAGACAGAACUCUUCAACUGUAAAUAUUGUAAGAAGGAUUUCACAAAUUUAUUGCCAUAUAAAAAGCACAUACGUACCUGUAGACAUGUCAUGGCCAUGUCAAAAGUUAAUGAAAUGCAAAAAGCCCAUAUUAAACCAGCAAACAAAAGUGUUUCCCUGAGACUAAAGCAAGAUAAUUCUUCAGGAAAUCGGAAAACAAAAAAUAAAAUUCCAAAUGGUUUAUCUGACAAUAUUGAUAUUAUAGAAUCAUCAAGAGGAAAGGAAGUCUUGUUGGAAAAUCAAAGAGCUACACCAUUAGAUAAUCCGUUAGAAAAAGGCCCUUCUGAUAUCAGUCUUAAGGCAUCUUUACUUGCAGUUCUUGGGCUUAAAGAAAAACCCAAACCAACUGAUUUAAAAACAACAGAAAAGCCAGAUGAGAUGAAGAUCAGUAAAACAAGUACAGACAAUAUAACAGAUGAAGUGGUCACAGUUUGUGACAUCUGUAGGAAAAUAUUUACAUCCGAAUCAGGCAUGUUGAACCACCAAGCAACAGUACACAACAGAAAUUUGACUUCUGAAAGGAUUAACAGUCUAAUGAGAGUAGAAAUUUAGGAUUUUAACAUUGUAAUUGCAUAAGGUGGUUUUGUUAUUUUAGCUGUUAGCAUGGCAAGGAUACAUAUUUGUGUAUCCAUAUGUUUUUCUAUGAUUCAUGGGGUUUUUUCCUUUUGUAACAUUUCCUUUUCCUAAUUCCCUGGUACAGUGUCUUUCUGCAGCACUUAGUAGUUACACAGCUGUUUGUUAUUCUUAUGGAAUUGAGAGUUUCUCCAACAUUAAUACAAAAGCCUACCAUUGGAUAGUCUUAAGCCAUUUAAUUGCCAUCCUUGCACCAUCCAUUGAAUUGAAUUGAAUUGAACGGAAUGCUUCUCCAAGACUAGGUUAGUACUGUCUCAUUUAUAUGUAAUGUUAUGUGAUUUUCUGCCCAAGACAUAAUAUGUCUUGUAUUUCUCCAUUUGAACUGCAUGUUCAGUGCUUUAACUUGCAUGAUUUAAUCUCUAUAAAAUCAGAGUAUAAACCUUGAACAUCCUGUUUAUGUAAUUUUCUAAGUUUUCAUAUUCAUUUAAUAUUUUCCUGAGAUUUGUUUUCAAGUACAUUUGUUUUUGUAGUGUGAGAAAUCCAAUGCACACCAACAAAAUAAUGUUAUUAAAUGUUUAUAUUUGAAUUAUAAGAUAUUAGGAAAGAAGAUAAGGAGUUCUGGGCAGAACUCAUAAAAACUGCUGCCCUAUUAUGCAGAUUAUCAUUGAUACAAAUGUUAUAUUGUUAAUGUUACAUUUAGGUAAAAUAAGUUCAUAAUCCAGCAGUAAGUUACUAUUAGCUCAUGGGUUAGUAUAUUGGACUUGUGCAUAAAUGGUCAUAAGGUUAAGUCGUAAGGGAGUGUGUUUUUUAGCUUACAUGCCUUUUAGUGAAAAAAAAAAGUAGGCUUACAAGAUUGCUGUACUGUCUCUGUUUUCCACCAUCAACUUUGGUGAACCAGUUGACUGAUUAUAACAAAUUUUGUGUGACCAUUGUCACUUCAGGCAACCCUGAUUAUGUACUUUUUAAGGUUUCUACAAUCAGGAAUAAUGGCAAGAGAGGUACAUGAACCUUUGUAGAAUAUGGUGACCAUGUGAAAUUCUCAUUCCCUGUUCAUUUUGGCAUUGAUGACUAAUCAGCCUUUGUUGGCAGGUAUGAAAUUUUCUGUGAGGACAGACUGUAAAGCUUCCUGUGAAUUAUACAUAUGUAAAAUAUUGUUUUGGAGUGUAAAUAUUCUUACAAAUUUUAUGUAAAAUAUUGUUUUUAUAAGCUAACAAUUACAAAUAUAGUGGAAGUGCAAAACUUUGAGGAUAACGCACAUAAAUUUAACAUACAGUCUAUGUGUAAGUAGUAAGACUUUUGCCAAAAGAGAUGGUAGUGAUGACAGCAAGAGCAAUAAUUCAGAUAUUAUUUAUUUGCAUGCUGACUCAACAACCCAGGGGCCAAUUACAAAGUAAGCACAAGUGAAAGAAAAACAAAUAAAGCACAAAACAUGCAAUUCAUAACAUCUGAGUAAUGGUGAUGAUAAGCGGCCUCCGUAGUCUAGAGGUAAUGUUCCCACCUCAUGACUUGUAGCACGCGGGUUCAAAUACCCGG